GUCUUUUGCCUGUUGACCUCCCCCAUGAUAAAAAAAAAAAAAAAAAACACUCCUAAGUAUUCCCAACAGCUUUUAUUCUCGCUCCUUUUUUUUCCCCCUCCCUCUUUCCCCCUCCCUCCUCUUUGUUAGAGGUCCGUGCGCUCCCCCACUCGCUGUCUUCUCCUCCAGUCGAGGCGGGGAGAGCGUUGUGAGCAGUCUUAACAGAAAAACUUGGGAUAUCCAAUGCUCAGACGGACCACCAAAGUCUCCUCAGCUAGUGUGUCCACUCUUUCUCUCUUUUUUUGAUUUUUGUUUGGCUCAACUCCUCGCUCAGGCGGAUGUCUCCUGCAUCUCUGGCUGGUCGUGGCUCUCUUGUCUUACUGUGCUUGAGCUGUGCUGGCUGAACCGAGCGCGCGCCGAUGCCGAGGGGGAUCUCUGACAUGAAUAGUGCCUGUCGAAGCAGUGGCUUUGACCGAUGCCGAGCGUUCCGUCUGAGGAUCGGCGCUCGAGACGCAUGAAGAAGCCUGGAUUCGAGCAAGAGCAGAGGAUCGUAACAGAAAGCGGGCGCUGGAGUGUAAGAGGGAGUGAGGAUAAACAAGGAGCAGCUUUCUACUACUAAGGAAAAGCAAAGGGGUGUUUUGAAAUAGCCGAGAUGGAACACUGAGAGUGCUUUUUUUUUUCUCCCGCACUGCCAGGCUCUGCCAUCAGGACCAGCUGUGCUCCUGCUCUGUGUGUUUCCGAGUGCUGUGUGGUGGGUGUGUAUGCGUUGGAGUGUAUGUGUGUGUUUGUGUGGGUGUGUGUGGAGCGAUGGCUGAAGGCUGCAGCUGCCAGGGUCCAGCUUGAGCAGCCGGUAACUAACACGUGCUACACAAACUCAACCUGGCACCAAGACAGUCAGGUGACAGCGCGGGCCAGGGCAAGACAAGGAUUACACGGUUACUGGGUUUGCUCUCUCGCAUGAAAAGGUUUGCGCAGCAAGAGACUUUUCUGGUUACUGGUGACUGAUUACUGAUUCGACCAAGGCAAUGUUUGUGAGUUUGUAAAGUGCAUGUAAAGCACAAAGUGCACAAAUGUUUAAACAUACCAAUCGGUAACAUUCCCAACAUGCAGAAUUUGCGCAGAGUUCAUCGGCCAUAGGAACACGACCCGGACCCCGUCCCCUUCUGGAUACUAUCAGGACCGAAAUGUAUCGCGCCAAGCCCGUUUUCCGUUCCAGAUUUUGUCCGUUCACGCCAAAAUCUUUGGAUCAGUGUUUCUCUGGGAGCAGCGUUUGAGCUGUUGAUUUUCUGCCCCUGAGGUGUCCUUUACAUUCUCAGCGUGGCGUACUUGGGGGGAAGCGUGGACUGGAGUAUGACCAGCUGUCACUACCCGACGCCGCGGCCGGAGCGGGACCGCAUGUACCAGCACAAAGUCUCACUGGUGGUGCGCUACUUUAUGAUCCCCUGUAACAUCUGCCUCAUACUGCUGGCUACUUCCACACUGGGCUUUGCUGUGCUCCUCUUCCUCAACAACUACAAACCUGGUACCCCCCCGCACGUCCCACCUCCUGAUGGCUGCCGGGGAAAGCUUUGUGGCUUCGGCGCGAUGUGUCAAAGAGACUCAGCCGACCCCUCGAAAGGAGAGUGUGUGUGUAAGAAGGUGGCGUGUCCUUCAGUGGUGGCGCCUGUGUGCGGCUCGGACUCCUCCACCUACUCCAACGAGUGUGAGCUGGAGAAGGCUCAGUGCAACACUCAGAGACGCAUCAAGGUGAUGCGCAAGGGCCAGUGUUCUCUGAAGGACCCAUGCAGCGAGGUGACGUGUAGCUACGGCAGCACCUGCAUUCAAUCUUCUGAUGGCCUCUCCGCUAAGUGCAUGUGUCCUCUGAGCUGUGAUCAUGUGCCUAAGGUUACAGUGUGCGGCAGUGAUGGCUUGGACUACCCCAGCGAGUGUGCGCUCAACAUGAAGGCCUGCUCCACCAACAAGAACAUCCGCCUCCAGCACAUCGGCUCCUGUGAUCCAUGCCGCAUGCACCAGAACAGCCUCAACAUAAUAUGCGUGUAUGACGCACAGACCCAAAAGACUCAGACCCUGGCCCCGCCAUCGGCGUGUCCAUCGGGCCCCGAGCCACUGUGUGCCAGCGACGGAAGCAACUACAACAGCGAGUGCCAGAUGAAGCGCACGGCCCUGCAGAAGGAGCGCCAGCUGACGAAGGUUCACUCGGGGCCCUGCAAGAAGCAAGAGGAGUGCCAGGAAGAUUGUAAAUUCAGCGCCGUGUGCUUGUUGGAGCACGGAAGGGCGCGCUGCUCCUGCGAGCCAAUCCGCUGUGACGGCACUUACACUCCUGUGUGUGGUAACGACGGCCACACGUACCCUAACGACUGUGAGAGGAGGCGUGCCGAGUGCCUCACCCAAACCACCAUCCACAUCAAACAGCAAGGGCCCUGUGAUCUGAACGCGCCGAGCCCAUGUCUGAAGAAGACGUGCGAGUUCGGGAGCUCGUGUGUGGUGAAGAACGGCGAGGCAGUGUGUGAGUGCUUGGAUACGUGCCUCCAAGCCUCUGACCCCGUGUGUGGCAGUGACGGGCAAACCUACACCAGCCAGUGCCAGAUGAAUGCCAUCGGUUGCACCCUGCAAAAACACAUCCAAAUAAAGCACAAAGGACCUUGUGAUAAAGCCUGCACAAACUGCUCCUUCGGUGCUAUCUGUGACGAGCAGACCCGCCGCUGCGUCUGUCCAAAGGAGUGUGUGGUCUCCAAGCAGCCCGUGUGUGGCAGCGACGGCACCACUUACAUGAACGAGUGCGAGCUGCACGUACGCGCCUGUACCGAGCAGCUAGACCUGCAUGUGGUGGUGCAGGGAGAAUGCAAGACCUGUGGCAGCACUGUGUGUAGUUGGGGUGCCCGCUGUGUCCAGAAUAAGUGUGAGUGCCCUCAGUGUGCGAAUCAGCCCACUGCAGAGGUAUGCGGCACGGACGGCACGACCUACACCAACGAGUGUGAACUGCGCUCGGCAUCCUGUAAGCAGAAGAAGGACAUAGAAGUGGCGAGGUCUGGCAGCUGUGACGAAGAUUGCGGGUCUGGAGGCUCAGGAUCCGGGGUGGAGGCCUGCGAACAGGAGCGCUGUCGGAGAUUUGGUGGCUCGUGGGACGAGGACAGGGAGGAUGACGGCUGUGUGUGCGACUUCACUUGCCAGAACGUGCCUCACAUCGAGGUCUGUGGGACAGAUGGGAAAAACUACAGCAAUGAGUGUGAGCUAAAGAAGACUAGGUGUGAGAAGCGGGUCGAUCUGCUGCUUCAGAGUCAAGGCCCAUGUACAGCUAUUGUAAAAAAUAUGUCUGAUAUGAUCACCAUGACGCACUGCAGCGGGACCGUGUACGGAUGUUGUAAAGACAACAAGACUGCUGCGCUGGGUGUCGAAAUGGCGGGAUGUCCCAGUAAGUGUCACUGUAACCAGUACGGCUCGUACGGAGGAAUGUGUGACCCCAGCACAGGCCAGUGCUCCUGCAAGCCCGGAGUCGGGGGUCUCAAGUGCGACCGCUGCGAACCCGGCUUCUGGAACUUCCGCGGCAUCGUGACAGAGAAAGCGAGCGGCUGUACACCGUGUAACUGUGAUGCAGUGGGCUCAGUGAGGGAUGACUGCGAGCAGAUGACAGGCCUCUGCUCCUGUAAGACCGGAGUGAAGGGCAUGAAGUGUGACGUUUGCCCCGACGGAAGCAAGAUGGCCGCCAACGGCUGUGACAGAGGUGCCCUGGCGUCGUGUGCCGAGCUGCAGUGCCUCUAUGGAGCGUCAUGUGUAGAGGUCAACGGGCAGGUUCACUGCGAGUGUCCGUCUCCUGACUGCGACCAGAUGAACAAGAGCAAGGUCUGUGGCACAGACGGUGUGACCUACGCUGACUAUUGCCAGUUGAGGACUAUUGCCUGUCGACAGGAUAAGGAAAUAACUGUGAAGCACUUUGGCCAGUGCACAGAAUCCAUCUCUGAUCCGGGGGUCAAGCCCACCCCCCUGGCUAUCACUCCACACGCCACUCCCACUGCACCCGUCAAGGUCACCCCGACACACCAUGGCCUCACCACCACCCCAUUCGACUACGACGAGGAGGACGCCACAAAACCCCUAUUGGAAUUUGCUCCUCCGGCUCUGGAGUCAUCCACGCCUUUCCCCACCCACAGCCCCCCAACCACUCCUCACCAUCCACCCCGCUCCCCAUCACCCUCCUCCGGCUUUGAGGAUUCAGGCAGUGGGGAGCCCAGUGGGGAUGACGACACGGAGGGUAGCGCAGUGGAAGCGAGCGGAGACGAGCCUGUCGGUCCCACUGUAGCAGCCACCACUCUCCCAACAGGUGAAGUACGUUCAUCCUGCGAUAACACACCUUUCGGUUGCUGCCCCGAUGGCAAGACCAUUGCUAUCACCCCAGAUGGAACCAACUGCCCAUCCACCAUGCGCUUUACUGGCGUCCUGCACCUGGACCAGGUAGAGGGUCAGGAGGUCUUUUACACACCAGAGUUGGAUGACCCCAAAUCAGAGCUGUUCGGUGAGACAGCUCGCAGCAUCGAGAGCGCUCUUAAUGAGCUGUUCCGCAAGUCUGACGUACGGAAGGAUUUCCAGAGUGUCCGAGUGAAAAAUCUGGCUCCCAGCAACUCCAUCAUGGCUAUAGUAGAGGCUCACUUUGACCCAGACACUAGAUUUACAGUCGAGGAUGUCGGGGAUGCGUUGCUGAAACAGCUUAAGACAGCUAAAGAACCUGGCAUUGUAGUGAAACAGCCUGAGGAGGAAUAUAUUCGUUUCAACACUUAUGGUAUCUCUGUCCGUCCAUUCUUCACCACCACUGCUACCACUGUUGCCACUGCCACACCCACUAUCGCGACCACCACCACUACCAGAAGCACCAUGCCCCCUACCACUGCGUCCAUCACGGCACACCAGCCAACCACCACCAGACGGCCCUACAGCACCCGCAGAACCUCCACAGCCGCCCCGAUCACCAGCAACCCUACACAGCCCACAACCACUUCUACCAGCACCACCACCGUUCUGUCCUUCCAGAACCAGCCUGUCGUCAAAGACCACAGGCCAUGCGACUCACAACCCUGCGGCCACGGAGGCACCUGUGAGGAGGACGGUGACGAUUUCAUCUGCACCUGUCCUGCUGGAAGAGGGGGAGCCGUGUGUGAGAAAGUGAUAAAGUUUUUCAUACCAUCCUUUGGCGGCAAAUCAUACCUGGCCUUCCCAACCAUGAAAGCUUACCACACCGUACGUAUUGCCAUGGAGUUCAGAUCCUCGGAAACAACGGGAAUACUCCUCUACAACGGCCAGAAUGGCAGGAAGGACUUCCUCUCUUUGGCUUUGGUGGAAGGAAAGGUAGAGCUCAGGUUUAACACAGGUUCUGGAACAUGCUCGGUGGUCAGCACCGUCACAGUAAAACCUGGUCAAUGGCAUCAAUUAGUGGUAAUCCGUAACAGACGCAAUGCUUCACUCAGUGUCGAUACUGAGAAGCCGGUUGAAGGCCAGAGCCCAGCAGGUACUGACGGACUCAACCUGGACACUGAUCUUUUUAUCGGUGGGGUGCUUGAAGAGAUGAUCCAAGAUGUGAAGGAGAGGACCUCUGUCUCCACCGGUUUGACCGGCUGUAUCCGCCUCCUGGAUGUCAACAACAUGGUGUACAACCUUCAGGAGAACGGGGGCAAUGUAGUGUACGGCAAAGCCGUCGGUGAAUGCGGUAACAACCCCUGUGUGCCCAACCCCUGCAAACACGGAGCCUUGUGUCAGGCGAAAGGGGCUGAGAUGUUCCACUGCAAGUGCGUCAAUCCUUUCUCAGGUCCAACUUGCGCCGAUUCGCACAACCCGUGUGAGCCGAACCCGUGCCACCCUUCUGCUCCGUGCCACGUGCUUCCAGAGGGAGGCUACAAAUGCGAGUGCCCCAUGGGCCGCGAGGGCAAGCACUGCAGAAAAAUAUCUGACAAGAGGGGGGCCUACAUUCCUUUCUUCAGUGGCGACUCCUACCUCGAGCUGAAGGGCCUCCAUUUAUACGGUCACGAUCUGAGGCAAAAGGUCAGCAUGACUGUGGUCCUGCUGGCUAAUGAUUCAAACGGCAUGAUCUUCUACAAUGGCCAGAAGACAGAUAGCAAGGGCGAUUUCAUCUCUCUUGCAUUGAACGAUGGCAUCCUAGAGUUUCGAUAUGAUCUGGGCAAAGGGCCAGCUGUCAUUAGGAGUAAAGAGAAGCUCAAGCUGAAUGUGUGGAACACGGUGAAUCUGGAGCGAGCAAACCGUAAGGGAGAAAUCACUAUUAACGGAAAAGACCCGGUCAGAGGAGAGGCUCCGAACCAGCACACAGAUCUCAACCUGAAGGAAUCCCUUUAUGUGGGCGGAGCUCCGGAUUACCGUAAACUGGCCAGACCAGCAUCAAUUAAAGCUGGAUUUAAAGGAGCCAUCCAGAAGAUUACUUUGAGGGGCACGCCGAUCCUGAAGCCCGAUAACGCACUGAACUCCAGCGAUGUGUCCAUGUACACACACCACCCUUGUUCCACAUACGUGUGCGAGAACGGUGGCGAGUGCAACCCGCUGCUCGAGAGCUACGAGUGUGUGUGUCCAUUCGGCUUCACGGGACCCAAGUGCCAGCACACUACCUACGAGAAAGCAGCCGGGGAGUCCGAGUCCAUUGCUUUUGACGGCCGAACCUUUAUCGAAUAUCACAACGGAGUCACCAAGAGUGAGAAGGCCUUGCUGGUGAACAAGUUUGAGCUGAGCAUCAAAACUGAGGCCACUCAAGGUCUCCUCCUGUGGAGUGGGAAGGGCGUGGAGCGUUCUGACUACAUCGCACUGGCCAUCGUGGAUGGACGUGUCCAGAUGACCUACGACCUCGGCUCCAAACCGGUUGUCCUGCGAUCAUCAGUGCGGGUCAACACCAACCACUGGAUCCGCAUUAAAGCCAGCAGGGCGCUGAGGGACGGAUCUUUGCAAGUUGGCAAUGAGGCAGCAGUAACAGGCUCCUCACCUCUGGCUGCCACUCAGCUGGAUACAGACGGUGCCCUUUGGCUGGGUGGUCUUGAGGAUAUGGCUGUGGCCCGCCGCCUUCCCAAGGCCUACAGCACCGGCUUUGUGGGUUGCGUAAAAGACGUGAUUGUAGACGGCGUGGAUUUGCAUCUAGUGGAAGACGCCUUAAACAGCCCGAAAAUAUUACACUGUUCAGCCAAAUAGCCUGGCACCACCUCCCUCCCAACACCAUGUCUACUGCUGUAAUUAUUUUCUAUUUUUGUAUACUUUUCAUUGCUUUUUAUAUUGGAAAAAAACACGGCAUUGUUUUAAUUCUGGUUUGUUUCCAUUAUUUAUAUAUAUAUAUAUAUAUAUAUAUAUAUAUAUAUAUAUAUAUAUAUAUAUAUAUAUAUAUAUAUAUAUAAUGAAUGAUUUAUUUGGAUCUGCGCCUCCAUUCAUCAACAGUUUUUUUUUUCCCCGCCAAUUUGCAGUUACAUGGUGUCACAAGACAAGAAAAUAUGUAUUAUAUUUGCGGUGUUGUUUUUAGAACACCAAAAAAAAAAAAAUCAUUAUCUUGCUCAUUACUUGAAAUGGUGAAUAAGGUAGGUGCGGUUUGUCCUCUCUUGACUGCCUUCUUUGGGUGCCAUAAUUUCCUACAUUGUAAUACACCACGUACAUUCCACGUAUGCUGCUGCAGGUAAUGCCUAUCGCUUCGAGCAGCAUUUUCCGAACAAAGCAUGUGUGACUUUUGGCUUUAUCAACAACGGACUGUCACUGUUAACUGAGCUGGGCAAGUGUACAAGUCCCGUUAGACCAGUCCCCAAUGGGGGUCCAGCCCCAUUGCUCUUAAUGUUUUUCAGCUUCUUGCUAACACAGACCUUCAGAGCUUGUCAACAACAACAAAAAAUUGCAUAGAUCUUGCAAUGUCUGAAAUAUCAAGCUGAACUCUCAGUAACUGACACGCAAAAUGUUAUUUAUAGAUAGAACAAUAAUACAUGAGACUGUGAAUUAUGAGAAAAAGUCUUUUCCGUCACAAGCAUCUGUCUCAUGUGUUGUGCGCCGUAUCUAAUCCUUAAGAAUGACCACUUGCUGCAUGCAACUUUUUAAGUGUCAAGUUAAUUUUGCCUUUGUUUAUCUUGCGCUUUCUUAUUCCUUUCAGGGCAAAAAUUGAGUUUGGCAGGUUGCAUCGAAAUGUAUAUGUUUUUCUGAUUUUAGUUUUUUUGUUGUUGUUUGUUUGUUUGUUUGUAUUAUUGGGUUUGGGUGAAUGAAACGAUGGACCUCGUUUUAUACGUGUCAUUCUGUCAUGCUCUAAAAACAAGAAACGGUUGCUACACUAGUCUCUGCCAUGAGGAGGCACCGUAGCACAAGGAGAAACGGGAAACAACAGGAAACAGACGACAGCAGGGCGGCUGCAAGAAUGCUGAUAUAUCCUUGGAAUUUUUCAGUCACUCCUGAACUUGUCAGGAUAUUCUUCAAACGUCGCUUUAAACAAUACCAUCAGCACUUGCAUCGGAAAAAGGGACGUCUAGACUCUUACUUUUGAUGUCUAGACGCUGGCAUUUUUGGACUGUGGUCCUGGAUCAGCCGUUAGAAUAAGCAAACGUAUCAAAAACAAUAACAAAUAAAAUAAUAAUAGUAAUAAUAAUACAAUUAUGAUUAAUAAUUAUAAUAAUAAUGCAUGGGUUUUGUUAUAUGAUUUUAUUUUUUUUUGUAACAUGUUUGAAGACAAAUGUGAUGCGAUUGUUUGUACUGCUGACCUGAACAUUGUAAGAAAUAUUUUAGUUUCAAUACAAAUCCAAAACUAAAAAGAAAUAUGCCUGUUCAUAGUAAAGUAUCCUGUUGUUAUCAUGUUGUGAGAAAACUAUAUUUCUUUCAUUUCUUUUUUCUUUUGUAUUCUUUUUUUUCUUCCUUUCUUUCUUUUUUUUAAGCAGUGAGACAACCGAAAUCUUUUUAUAUAGCCCAAUCAUUAUGUAAAUGAAUAAUGUGCAUCUGUGUUUUUUUUUUCCUUUUAGUAUUAUACACUGGAAGCAAUUCUAACUUGUCUGUUCAUUUCAUAUACUCCGUUCCUGCGUGUUUUGGGGGAGAAAAGAUCAUAUAUUGGUAGAUAUAGCUAUAUCUAUCUAUACAUCUAUCUAUAUAUCAACAUAUCUAUCUAUCUAUCUAUACAUAUACAUAUAUAUAUAUAUAUAUAUAUAUAUAUAUAUAUAUAUAUAUAUAUAUAUAUAAAGAUAGAUAGAUAGAUAGAUAGAUAGAUUGAUUUACAGUGUGAGGUUUUCAAGUGUUACGAACCAAAACCCAACAUCUAUCCUCUGUUGCAUAGCGUCCACAUCGGUUUAUAGUUAUCUUUUCUUCUUCAUGGUUACUUCUUUUUUUUUUAACCAUUGUUCAAUGGCUGUGUAACAAAAGGGACCUCCUGCAUGCUUGGAGGGCGCUGAAAGGACAGAGUGCUGGGCUCAUGAAACUGGGGCGCACGCAUGAACAUCCACUGUCUGGAUGGGAACUGUCUGAGAAUUGCCUUAAACCCAUCUUCACUCACCGGUGACAGAGUCAAGAUCUUUAAUAAUCAACUCCAUGCAUUCUGUUUAGCCACUAUAUUAUCCACAUCACCACAUCAUGUAAAUGAAUUCAUAGAUAUUAAUAUUUGUAUUAAUACUGUUUAUGAGAAUAUCCCAGAAUGCCUCAAAAAAAUAAUAGAUGUUCUGGACUCUACAGAUAGAAUAUUUACUGUUUAAAUGCUAUUUUCAAUAUCUAUUUAUGUCUUUGAGUGGAUUCCAUUACUGGCCUUUGUAAACUACUGUUUUGAUUAAAAUAUACCUGAAGGGCAGUGCUCAGAAUGAGAGUGGCAUGACAUUCCCAUUACUAACUUUAUUACUUGUGUCUUGUGUUCCCACCACCAUGAAAUAAAGUGAAAUACAAACUGA